GAGAAAAAAAUCGUGCUUCCUCUUUUUUUUCGCCUGUACAUUGUCAACACAGACUAUAAUAAAACGUCGAUGAGCCGGAGCAAAAGAAAUCAUUUGUGAAAAAUCGAGUGAAAGUGUUGCGAGCUAACUCAUGUUCAUCAAUCUGUCAAGUGAAUCGAUAUAGAAGUUUAAAAAACGGAACAAAUAAAAAAGUGAGAGAAUGUGGACAAAGUUUUUGUUGUCACUGUCGCUUGUAUUGAUUCAAGUUUUGGCUGAACAAACAUCGAGGCCAUGUCUGCAACGAUGGAUAGAUGAAGAUAAACUAGUUUGUGUAUGUCGAGUAUCAGAAAACGAGGAAUAUUGUGAUACAUUGGAUGUACCCGUAUCGUUCAAUAAAAAUGAAGCGAUUCUUGUAACAAGUAGUCGUGGUGGUGACCGUUUCAAUUUUACACUUGAAAAAUUUCCAAGGCGAUAUCGAAAUGCAAGCGUGCCGGCACCGUUCGAUGUGAAAAAAACAUAUGUGAAAAUCAAAAAUGUAAUCUCUAGGCGCAGUUGGCGUGGAUGGGGUGGUUCGUAUACGGAUUCAAUGGCCUAUGUCACAAGUUUGUUGCCCAUAAAUUUGCAACGGUACGUUUACAAAAGUUUAUAUUCGCCCGACAAUGGAACGAAUUUGUCGAUGUUACGAAUACCCAUCGGCAGUUCAAAGUACUCACGAAGUGAGUGGACCUAUAACCAAUAUCCAGAGAACGAUACGAGCUUAACUAAUUUCACAAUGUUCAAUCCAGAAGAUCAAUUGAAAACCUCCCAAUUAAAUGAGUUGAAAAGCGUCGCAGAAAAUCCAACCAUAGAGUAUUUUGCCGUAGCAUCAAUGGCACCACAAUGGAUGAUGCGUGGAGUGCCACAUUUUAAAGGAGUGCGUAAUAUUUUAAAACCGGAAUACUAUCAAACAUUUGCCGAUUAUCAUGUAAAAUAUUUAGAGAUGAUGAAUAAUCAAUCGAUUAAUUUUACGGGUAUUUCAACUGGACAACGACCAGAUUCAUCGAUUAACGAACCUGGAUAUUCGCCAUUGGCUUGGGAUCCAUUCAAAAUGGGUAAAUGGUUGGCAUUGAAUCUGGGACCAACAUUACGCACAUCAAACUUUGAACAUGUUGAAAUCAUUGGGUAUGACGAUUGUCGCCAAAGUAUACCACUGUUCAUUUCCGCAAUGAAUGUGGGUAAUGUAAAUGCAUCAAAGUUUAUUACAUCAAUUGGAAUUCAAAAUUGUAAAAAUAGGUGGUUUCCACCAAGCGUGCUCGAUUUAACACAUGCCGUAUAUCCCACACUGCCCAUAUAUAAUACUGAAUCCAGUUUUCCACACAUUGAAUUAGGUUCGUGGAAUAAUGUUGAAGCGCUUGUAAGAGAUAUUAUCGACAAUCUGCAACAUGAUUCACAAGCAUACUUUCUUAAUAAUUUAAUUUUGAACUUGGAUGGUGGUCCUAGUCUCACUGUCGACCGAGAGGAUGCACCCAUUUUGAUAAGUGAUGAUUCGUCAGAGUUUUACAAGCAACCAAUAUACUACGCGUUAGCUCAUUUCUCAAAAUUCAUAACGAACGGAUCGUUGCGAUUGGAAACAUAUACAUCAUCAUCGGGUAUUUUAGUCACAUCAUUUCUACGAAGCGACGAUACAGUCGUGGUAAUACUGUGCAAUAUACUAGACCGAAUCGUACCUGUUGUGGUUAUAGAUCUCUAUCAAGGUAGACUCGAACUGCAACUCAAACCAAAUUCAAUCAAUACGUUGAUUUAUUAAUUAAUUUAAUUAAAUGAUGAUAAUUACGUGUUCAAUAUGUCACAAAUAAUUUUCCCAUAAGUUAAACCGCUUUUAUGUUUAAUUAGCAUGCACAACAUAGCAAUAAAAUUUAAAAAAAUUGACUCAAAAAAUAGAAUAAAAGCUGGUCAUGUUUUUUCAACUUAUUA